UAAUUCAUAUACCUCCUAUUAUCAUCCGGGGUUGGAGGGGAUACUGAAACCUGGAAACCUGUCUAUUUGUAAAUAUUCGCUUCCAGCCACUCCAAGUUACUGACUGUACUACCAACGUUGCUGUACCAACUCCCAGCCUCGUCGACCCAACAAGGCACAUAUAACAAACAACUACCGACAAUCGCUGUCGCCUCUAAUGCAAUUGCCAUCUAAUAUAUCAUUCGCAACCUAGUUCCAUUGCCUCCGCUCGCUAGAAUAUGGUCAGCUGGAUUCCGCACCUUUUAUAACUUCUAGGUACUUUUGUACCCUUACUCGACUCGACGUCAACAACAACACAACCCGCUGCCAACGGCCACAAACGCUCUUCCGUCGGCCCCCCUUCAACACACAACAAAUCGCAAGCAUGGCGGAAAAGACGAAAGUCCAUUCGGCGGGCAUAUUCGCCGACAUGACGGUGGACGGCCCUGACAUCGGGACUUUGGUGAUUAUCGUGGAUCGCGCGAAGAAUCUGCCCAACCGGAAGUCCAUUGGGAAGCAAGACCCGUACUGUGCGGCGCGACUUGGGAAGGAGGCGAAGAAGACGAACACAGACCGUCGCGGUGGCCAGACGCCGAAGUGGGACCAGGAACUCCGUUUCGCAGUCCACGAUUCUCCCGACUAUUAUCAGCUCAAGGUUUCCGUUUUCAACGAUGAUAAGAAGACGGAUCUCAUUGGGGAGGCUUGGGUAAACCUCCAAGACGUGCUCGUGCCAGGUGGCGGCCAGAACGACCUGUGGCACACGCUGAAUUGCCGUGGAAAAUACGCGGGAGAGAUCAGAAUCGAGAUCACCUAUUACGACACGAGGCCUAAGCAAGAGAAGCUGAGAGAGAGAGUCAGGGAAGGCGCACCAAGCGCAGUGGAAGGAGGACCCAGAGAGUCCCUGAGCGGACCAAGAGGCCCUAAGGAGAAACUGAUGAAGAGGAGGCCGCUGCCGAGCGACCCUACGGGCGCAACACCGAGCCCGAUUGAGACUCCGGAGCGGGUAUUACCACAGCCCUCGAGGGGAUAUACAAAUGGGACGCCGGACCACCCGCCUCAGCAGCCUAAAAUGCAUGCUGCGCCAGUGCCGGAGUACACUCAAUCCCCGCAGCCGAUUGCAUACAACACGCCCGAGCAUGUCCAGCCUCCGCAGCAAAGGCAGUAUGCCACCCCUGAGCAUGUCCAGGUUCAGCAGCCGCGGGGAUCAGCAUAUAAUACGCCGCCGACCUAUAUUCAGGCACAAUCUCCUCUGCAGAAUCUGGAGUAUAACACUCCGACGCAUGUCAGGACGCACUCUCAAGUUAUCCAAGGACGAUAUGGACCUACUGGAAUGGACCAGCCGCCGCUACAAACAGACUAUAAUACCCCACCGCCACAUGUUCUCCCGCAAUCUCACAGCAAGCAUGUAUCGCCUGCUAUCAAGAGCUACAACCAAGCACCAGGCAUGGCGCCUGACAGGCACCAUCCACGGGAUAUGUACAACGAUAGACAUGACGAUGGCCAGCCUCGUGAAGAGAACUACAACGGUAGCAAUGUCUCCAGUAGACACGAGGAUCCUUACACCCGCAGCCGCAACGAUCUUCGACAGGAGUAUGCACCCCAACAAAUGGCCUACGAACCGCCUGUUUCGGAUUACGAUCCUCCAUCGAGCCCCGAUGGGCCACCACCGCCACCGCCAGUACACAGAGUUCAUCAAACCGCUGUUGCGCCUGCAUCUAGCCCUGGCUAUGGGUUUCCUCCACCAAACCCAACGAGAGAGGCCCAGUUUGAUCACCUGAGGCAAGAUAACCCAAGGCAAUCUAUGCCAGCUUAUUCUCAGAAUGUUCCACAACAGCCACAGCCGUACACUCCUCCACGCCAGCAACAUGCUCCGGCGCCGGCACCACCACCCUCAUCGUAUGGCCAGCAGGACCACUACCAAGGAUCCAGGUCAAGGCAUAACUCAUACGACGAUAGAUACCACAACAGCACGUUCAGCUCUAUGCAGCCGACAGUUGAGGACGCGCCACCAUCACCCACCCCGUUUGCUACUGCUUCGCACCGAGCUAGCGAGCCGCAGAUGUCACAAUAUGGAGACCGACGAUACGAUGAUGUUCCAUCUCCGGCGCCUCUGAACUUGAAUGGCAUGGGAAGUACAACAUCUGGAAACUACAAGAUGAAUUCCAAUGCUUAUAAAAACAAUGCAUCGCACGAAGCCAUUGACAACCGACAUUCUGAUCCUUAUUAUGACCAGCCACCGCCAGCACGGUCAUACACUCAAGAUUCGAUUGAGCCACCACAAACUAGCCCAAUGCCAUCGCUCCCUCCAUCGCUGGUAGCCGGCUUUGACCCCCUAAUCCAGCGCGGGAUCUCCGACAGGAUCCACUCCGACACCCGGCCUAGAGACGACAGCUACUCCCAGUUCUCCUCCGCACCAACGCAUUACUCCGAGUCGCCGCAGUCAUACCAGCCCCCGAAACCUCAAUACCACAACGAUGCCCGCUCAGAGCACUACACCCAGCCCAUGGGCUACCCACCCCAAGCCGCCCCCGCCGACCGCCAAUCCCGCGGCAUCCCAUCCACCUACACUAACCCACACCCACACCAUCCACCGCAAAUCCGUCUCCCCCGCCCCCCCUCCCCCUCCCCGCGUCCCCUCUCCUCCUCCGUCCCCUUCGGCCCUGACGACUAUUCAUCACUAAACCCGCACGCACCAGCAGUCACACCCACCGAGCCCGAUCCAGACGCAAAAAUCAUCCUCUACGACGGCAGAGAAGUCGAUCCCUCCGACCAUCUCCCGCAGGCGUCAUGGGCUGCCCUGCCGCCGAAUCUGCAGAAGAAACUCGACGCCGCGGCGCGCCAGCGCGCGCCUGCUGCUGGGGGGGCGCGGAGAAUGGAAAGGCGCGAGCGCCCGCAGAGCUCGUAUGCGGAACAGACGCCGGCGCCGGCGGCGCAGGGACGGACGAGGUUGCAGAAGAAGGCUCAUCGGGUGUCUGCUGCGCCGGCGCCGGUGGGGGGGUCGAGCCCGUUGGCGCCGAUUAUCGACGCCUGGGUCGAGGGAUGGGGGGGGAGGAGUCUGCCGAGGGCGCAGGCGGGGGAUUGGGGGGGAGAGGAGUAUGGAGGGGUGAAUGGGUAUAGUACGGGGUCGCCGGGGUAUAGGGGACAGGGAGGUUGUGGGGGAAUGGGGGGGCCGCCGCCGGUGCCGGGGAAGGUGCCGAUGAGUGCGGGGCAGGGGAGGGGGGAGCCGCAGGAGAAUGCGUGGGCGCUGUUGGAGGAGAUGAAGAGUAUUGAUCUUGGGAGUGGGAGGGCGAGGAGGAGGAAGGGGGGUGCGGUUGUUUGA